GAAUGUGAGUGGCGUUAACAAAAAAAAGAAGUAGCAAAAUCAAUUCCCUAACAAAAUUAUACAUGUUCGUUCUAAGCGCCCUCAUUUUUAUAUCAAACUUACGAAAAAAUUUUCAGUGUCUGGUGAAUGCUCUUAACGGUAAUAGUUGUUGAAAAUACUUUUGGAUGAAAUGGAUGCACCAAGCUGGAACCAGUCACUGAAAAUUUUCUCCAAAGUUACAUCCUCGGUUUAAUCGCCCAGUUCAACCUGGAAACGCCACGCAACAUCUGUGUUUCUCUCUCGUCUCCUCUCUCUCUGGAUCCAGCUCCAAUUCAACUCCGACUGGUGACCAAAUUCAUACCUUCUAACUUGGGUAGGUCCGUCUUCUCUUCUUCUUCUUCUUCUUCUUCUUCUUGUUAAUCACUCUCUCUCUCUCUCUCUCUCUCUCUGAACUUGGGAACAAUGGAGGCGGCGAUCUUGACAAACAGGCCGCAUUUUCCAAAACCACCAACAUCACAAUCAAAUUUGCGGAUGAAGGUCGACCGAACAAAUUUGCCCGUCCUUCCUCCUCCUCCUCCUCCUCCUCCCUCCUCCCUCCCAUACGACUCUAUCAUCGACCAUCUUCUCCAAAUCUCUUCUUCUUCUUCUUCUUCAGCACAGGGACCCAACAACACCACAAAGCCAAUUAAUACCCAAAACUCCAAAACCAAAACCAAAUUACUCCAAAUCACCCGUACCCCUUUGACUUCUCUACCCAUCAUCUCUCCUCUUCCUUCUACUUAUCACCAAGAAAAAAAACGACACCGUCUCAAGAAUUCCAAGACCGGAUCGGGUGACAACGGCGUCGACCAGCUUGCUUUUAUGCCCCCGAGUUGUAAGUCGAUGAUCAAUUCUAUUGUAGAUGAGCCUUUAUCUAGUUUGAAUGCUUUCUUUGAUACUGUCAAGUUUGAGUUAGCACAACUUGAUUUUGAAAGUCUGUUGAAAGGUUUGGACGUUUCGGGUAAUUGGGAAAAAGCUAUUUUCUUGUUUGAAUGGCUUGUGUUGAGCAACGCUCACAACACUACUAAACUAGGCAAUCGGGUUAUUGAAAUGAUUGUUAGGAUUCUCGGAAGAGAGUCACAACAUUCGAUUGCAUCCCGACUCUUUGAUUUAAUUCCUAUUAAGGACUACUCGCUCGAUGCUCGGGUAUACACACCUAUUCUCCACGCGUAUUCUCAAACUGGGAAAUAUAAAAGAGCUGUUUCUCUGUUUGAACAUAUUAAUGAGAACGGGACCUCUCCAACUUUGGCUACUUACAAUGUCAUGCUGGCUCUUUAUGGGAAGAUGGGUCGGUCUUGGAAUAAAAUAUUGGGCCUUCUGGAUGUUAUGAAUAAGAGAGGACUUGAGUUUGACGAUUUUACUUGCUGCUCUGUGAUUACUGCCUGUGCAAGAGAUGGCUUGUUGGAGGAAGCAAAGAACUUCUUUGCUGACUUGAAAUCUCAGGGCUACGUUCCAGGAAUGCUUGCUUAUAACUCUUUACUGAAACUGUUUGCGAAGUCGGGGAUUUAUUCAGAGGCUUUAGCUGUUUUAAAGGAAAUGGAGGAAAGUGACUGUCCGCCAGAUUUGGAGACUUACAAUCAGCUUGUGAUAGCAUAUGUGAGGGCAGGGUUCCACGAUGAAGGCGCUGCACUCAUUGACACGAUGAUCCGUAAGGGCGUAUUGCCAAACGUAGUUACGUAUGUGAAUUUAAUAUGUGGCUAUGGAAAAGUUGGAAAGGUGGACAAGGCUUUGAGUCUGUUCAACCUGAUGAAGGAAUCUGGUUGUGUUCCCAACGUGUAUACUUUCAAUACCAUUCUUGUGAUGCUAGCAAGGACGUCACGAUAUGAAGAGAUGAUGAGGAUAUUCCGUGAAAUGGAGUCAUAUGAAUGUGCCCCUGAUCGUAGUACAUGGAAUACUAUGCUUUGCAUGUUUAGUGACAGAAGAAUGCGCAAACACGCGAACCGAAUUUUUCAAGAGAUGAAGAAUUGUGGUAUCGAGCCUGGGAGAGACACGUUUAAUACUUUGAUAGAAGCUUUUGGGAGGUGUGGGCUGGGAAGUGAUGCGGCAAAAGUACAUGAUGAGAUGAUGAAAUCGGGGUAUACUCCGUGUGUUAAAACAUACAAUGCACUUCUAUAUGCCUUGGCUCGUCAAGGGGACUGGGAAGCAGCAGAAUCAGUCAUUCUAGACAUGAGGAAGAAGGGCUUCAAGCCCAAUGACAAGUCGUACUCAUUCAUGCUCCAAUGUUAUGCCACGGGAAGAAACGUAAGGGGGAUAGAAAGGAUAGCAAAUGAAAUUUACAACGGUAAUAUCUUUCCUAGUUGGGUGCUUUUGAGGUGCCUGUUUCUUGCAAAUUUCAAGUGUGGAUCCCUGAUGGGUACGGAAAGAGCAUUUCAGGAACUACUAAAGAAUGGAUACAAACCUGAUUUGGUUGUAUACAAUUCCAUGAUCUCAAUUUGUUCAAGGAACAAGAUGUACAUCCGUGCCCGUAAGGUGCUGGACCUGAUCCAGAAGAGCGGGCUGCAGCCUGAUCUUGUUGUCUACAACAGCUUGAUAGACAUGUAUGCCUCGGCAGGUGAGUGUUGGAAAGCAGAAGAAAUGUUCAAAAGAUUACAAAAAUCCCGCGAAAAACCAGACCUUGUUUCUUACAACACUGUCAUCAAAGGGUUUUGUAGGAAAGGUCUUAUGAAUGAUGCUACAAGAAUUUUAUCAGAGAUGACAAUUCAGGGGAUCCGGCCCUGCAUCAUCACCUUCAAUACGAUUGUAGCAGGAUAUGCAAGGACGGGAUGUUUCAUUGAAGUGAAUGAUGUGAUUAGUUAUAUGAUUAAGAACAAUUACAGACCCUGUGAGCUAACCUACAAGAGUGUUGUGGAUGGUUAUCGUAAAGCAGAGAAGUACGAUGAAGCUAUCCACUUUGUGUCAGAAAUUCGGAAAAUGGAUAAUUCGUUGGACGAGCCAUCUUUGCAAAGACUUGCAUCUUAUGUUAGGGGGACCGCGAACUCAAGAACUGAGGGUGGUUCAGUGCGGUAUACGGUCUCGAGGCCGUAAGAUGGGCCGGGUAUGGAUACAAGGUUAGAAGUGUACAAGCCCUAUCCGUUAUAACCAAAGCAUUUUUUUAGGGGAAAAUGACGGCCCAGAACGUGUUUUGAUAAUUUAUACUCUCCAAAGACAUGCUGAGAGAGAACAUUUGUUAAUGCUGAAAAUAUUCUUGGCGGAAAUUAAUUAUCAAAACAUGUCUCUGCCCGUCAUUUUCCCUUUUUUUAGGGUGUUGAAUUUUUUUUAUGUUUGUUUUCGAUUUGUUUGUAUUCCAAACAAAGUCCGUUCAAAUCAUAUUUAUGUUUGGCAUGGAUAUUCUUCUC